AUGGGCAACAUCUUCGGGAACCUGCUGAAGAGCCUCAUCGGGAAGAAGGAGAUGAGGAUCCUGAUGGUGGGGCUGGAUGCUGCUGGCAAGACCACCAUCCUCUACAAACUGAAGCUGGGGGAGAUCGUCACUACCAUCCCCACUAUAGGGUUCAACGUGGAAACAGUGGAGUACAAGAACAUCAGCUUCACCGUGUGGGACGUGGGUGGGCAGGAUAAGAUCCGGCCCCUCUGGAGGCAUUACUUCCAAAACACCCAGGGGCUGAUCUUCGUGGUGGACAGCAACGACCGAGAGCGGGUGAACGAGGCACGGGAGGAGCUGAUGAGGAUGCUGGCAGAGGAUGAGCUGAGGGACGCUGUCCUUCUGGUUUUUGCCAACAAGCAGGACCUGCCCAAUGCCAUGAAUGCUGCGGAGAUCACAGACAAGCUGGGGCUGCACUCCCUGCGCCACCGCAAUUGGUACAUCCAGGCCACCUGUGCCACCAGUGGGGAUGGGCUCUACGAGGGCCUCGACUGGCUUGCCAACCAGCUCAAGAACAAGAAGUGA